AUGUCUAAUAACCGCAGCUCGCCAGCCAGGGAUGGUGGGUCAUCUCCGAUGGCAGCACCACCUUCGUCAUUUGGUGGGUCCUCUCCCCCGCUGUUUUAUAACCCCUCCUCUUCUUCGCAGCCUGACACAUACGAAGGCCAGCAAAGACAGGCGACAGUGGGUUCUUCACCCUUCCGCUAUAAUAGGUCGUCUGGUAAUCGCGCUGGUAUAUCCUCAGAUACCUUCGGGUCACAGCGUAGAUCUCAGGUGCGGGCUGGUCCUGACUCUGGCCGUUUCACAGAUCAGUCGAGCGAGCCAGACCUGCUGUCAUCUUCACUUUCUGGUCGUGUCUCACAGCGUGCCUCGCAGCGGAGAAGCGAUCUACAUGCGUCUGAUCUCUCAUCGCCGCGCAGAAUGGUCGAUCUGGACUCCCUACCUGCUCCAAGUUCGUCAUCAGAUCCAGCUUCAGAAGCUACCGAACCAUUGCGCAUCAUUUGGGGUACCAAUGUGAGUAUUCAGGAGUGCGCAACAAACUUCCGCAACUUUCUAAUGUCAUUUAAAUACAAAUUCCGUAAAACGCUGGACGAAAACGAGGAUUUCAUCGACGAAGACGAUGACGAAGAGUUGUACUAUGUUAAACGCUUGAACCAAAUGCGAGAGAUGGGAUCCUUGAAUCUGAAUUUAGAUGCUAGAAACCUUUUGAGCUUCAAGCCUACGGAGAAACUCUACUAUCAAUUGAUGAGCUACCCUCAAGAAAUUGUCUCGAUCAUGGACCAAACUAUAAAGGAUUGCAUGGUAUCAUUGGUUAUAGAUAAUAACUUAGACUCAAGUUUGGACGAGGUGGAGUCCAAGUUUUACAAGGUAAGACCCUACAACAUUGAAACGCGGAAGGGUAUGCGUGAUUUGAAUCCAAACGACAUUGAUAAGCUAAUUAGCGUCAAAGGCCUGGUUCUCAGAUCUACCCCCAUUAUUCCAGACAUGAAAGUGGCCUUCUUCAAGUGCAACAUUUGUGAUCAUACCAUGGUUGUUGAAAUUGACAGGGGUGUUAUCCAGGAGCCGGCGAGAUGCCCGCGUGUUGCAUGUAACCAACCAAACUCCAUGUCACUGGUACACAAUCGGUGUUCAUUUGCCGAUAAGCAGGUCAUAAAACUUCAAGAAACUCCUGACACGGUACCUGAUGGUCAAACGCCACAUUCCGUCUCACUAUGUGUAUAUGAUGAGUUAGUUGAUUCCUGCCGUGCUGGUGACAGAAUUGAGAUCACCGGCAUUUUUCGCUCCAUCCCAAUCAGAGCCAGCUCUAGGCAACGAGCUUUGAAGUCUCUGUAUAAAACGUACCUCGACGUUGUGCACGUCAAAAAAGUAACUCGUGAUAGAUUGGGCGCAGAUACUUCAACGGUCGAACAAGAGCUUCUACAAAACGAACUUAAUCACGCAGAUAUUCGGGAAGUUCCACAAGUCACAGAUGAGCAGAUCCGCAGAAUUCAUGCAACUGCGGCAAGAGGUGACGUAUAUGAGGUUCUGGCCCGUUCUUUGGCACCAAGUAUUUUUGAGUUGGAUGACAUUAAGAAAGGCAUUUUGUUGCAGCUAUUUGGCGGUACAAACAAGACUUUCACUAAAGGUGGUCGAUACAGAGGUGACAUCAACAUUUUGUUGUGUGGUGAUCCAUCUACGUCUAAAUCUCAGAUUCUACAGUAUGUGCACAAAAUAGCUCCUCGUGGUGUUUAUACAUCUGGUAAAGGUUCUUCUGCCGUGGGUUUGACAGCGUAUAUCACUAGAGAUGUUGAUACUAAACAGCUUGUUCUGGAGAGUGGUGCAUUAGUGCUGUCCGAUGGUGGUGUGUGUUGCAUUGAUGAAUUUGAUAAAAUGAGUGACUCGACGCGAUCCGUUCUACACGAAGUUAUGGAACAGCAGACUAUUUCGAUUGCCAAAGCCGGUAUCAUUACUACUUUGAACGCUCGAACAUCCAUUUUGGCAAGUGCAAACCCUAUAGCUUCGCGGUACAAUCCUAAUCUUCCCGUAACAGAAAAUAUUGACUUGCCACCUCCAUUACUGUCAAGAUUCGAUCUCGUUUAUCUUGUUUUGGACAAGGUUGAUGAAGCCACGGAUAGGGAAUUGGCUCAACACUUAACCAAUCUGUAUAUGGAAGAUGCUCCUAGUCACGAAAAUAAGGCUGAUGUUUUACCAGUUCAGUUUUUGACCACCUACAUCAACUACGCUAAGCAGCAGUACGCACCCGUCAUAACUGAACAAGCGAAGACGGAACUGGUAAGAGCUUACGUUACUAUGCGGAAAAUGGGUGACGACUCACGCUCGGAUGAGAAAAGAAUAACAGCUACAACAAGACAACUGGAAAGUAUGAUUAGGUUGGCAGAAGCUCAUGCCAAAAUGCGGCUUUCAGAACUCGUGGAGUUGCAAGACGUGCAAGAAGCCGUAAGAUUAAUCAAAUCAGCUAUUAAAGACUACGCAACCGAUCCCAAGACCGGUAAAAUCGACAUGAAUCUCGUGCAGACUGGUAAGUCGGUUAUUCAGCGUAAGAUGCAGGAAGAUCUGGCUCGCGAAGUGGUGGCUAUUUUGACAGAGCGCCCCAACAAUACCGUUUCCUAUAACGAAUUGAUUCGCAGUAUAAACGAGCAAUCACAAGACAAAGUUGAUGCUACGGACAUCUCAGAUGCUCUUGUACGCUUGCAGCAAGAGGAUAAAGUGGUGGUUUUGGGAGAAGGUGUGAGACGGUCUAUCCGUCUUAAUGGGAGAAUUUGA